GUGAAUGCAGAAGGGAGGAAAAACACAGGCGUUUGCUAUCGUAAUGGGUGUAUUAUUAAAAUACAAGUGGCACUCUUUUAUGGAUGCAUGCUUUAUCUUCACUCCAUGCCCCCCUACGGUCUGUAAUGGCAGUCUAAUUGGGCCAAUAAGGAGCUUUUAUUAUUUUGCAGCAUCUCUAGCGUAGACAAAUUGUUGCGCCAGAUGCGUUUUCUCCGUACGGUGUCGUCGGCCCUUGACUCUCAUCUUUGGGUGCAGGUUUCUCAUCACCUUAAUCAUCAGUAAUUCUGCAGGGAAGUACCAUGCUGACUAGCAUCACUGAAGGGAUACUGUGCUGCCUGACUGGGAAGACUGCCAGUCUGGUCUUGCCUCUGGAGUCAUCAGAACCCUCUGAUGGUUUUGAGUAUGUGGAGGUGAAACCUGGCAGAGUCCUGAGAGUGCGGCAUAUCGUCCCCGAGCGUCAGCCCAUAGAAACAGAAAAACAAGUUGCGGGAAAGGAAAAUGUGGAGGUUGACUGUGAUGAUAAAGAUUUUCCUGAGUCUAAGAAUGACAGUGAUACUGGCAGCAUUGUCCACUGCAAGAGGAAGAUCACAGUCUACCGAAAUGGGCAGCUGGUGAUUGAAAAUCUCGGGGAUGUUUUGCACUCUGAGAUUCUGCAGUGUCAGGAUGGGGAUUUAGAGCCCUGCAGCACUGUAGAGGUGGAACUGGCUGACUACAAAGAAAUAGCCUCCUCUCCAGACCCCAACCCUGUUCCUCCUCCAGUUCCUCCACCUCCUGGGGAUCAUAAACCUGCUCCGCCUCCGCGGCGCCGCCGUCGCAAGCCCAAGCGCACAGUGCUAAUCGACUCCAAGAGGUUGAUCUCAAGUUGCAAAGGAACGCACUCGGAUGUGGCGCUGUUCUUCGUGCAUGGUGUCGGAGGAUCUCUUGAUAUUUGGAGCAGCCAGCUAGACUUCUUCUCCCGGCUGGGCUAUGAGGUCAUUGCGCCAGAUCUGGCAGGGCAUGGAGCUAGCACUGCACCACAGAUUGCAGCAGCUUAUACCUUUUAUGCCCUGGCAGAGGACCUACGGGCCAUCUUCAAGAGAUAUGCUCGUAAACGCAAUAUUCUCAUCGGCCACUCAUACGGAGUGUCGUUUUGCACCUUCCUGGCCCAUGAAUAUCCCGAUCUAGUUCAUAAGGUAGUGAUGAUCAACGGAGGGGGUCCCACAGCUCUGGAGCCCAGCCUCUGCUCCAUCUUUCAGCUGCCAUCUUGUGUCCUUCACUGUCUGUCGCCCUGUCUGGCCUGGAGCUUCCUCAAAGCUGGAUUUGCCCGUCAGGGUGCCAAAGAAAAGCAGCUUUUGAAGCAGGGCAAUGCCUUCAACGUGUCUCCAUUUGUUUUGCGAGCCAUGAUGAGCGGUCAGUACUGGCCUGAGGGGGACGAGGUCUACCAUGCCGAGCUCACUGUGCCCAUUCUUCUGGUUCAUGGCAUGUGUGAUAAGUUUGUGCCCAUGGAUGAGGACCAGCGCAUGGCAGAGAUCCUCCUGUUUGCGUUCUUAAAAGUCAUCGAGGAGGGAAGUCACAUGGUCAUGAUGGAGUGCCCUGAAACUGUCAACACCCUCCUCCAUGAGUUCUUUCUAUGGGAGCCCGACAUGUCGAGAAAAUGCAGCAGCAAGACAGACACAGAGAAGGCGAUUGCUGCCAGUGACACUCUUCAGAUGCUGAAAAACAGUAAACCUGUGGACAAAUAGCCAACAAGGAGUAAAGUUUUAUUACAGAAAAAGAAGAAGGCCUAUUUUCAGCAGUUGGCAUGUAUUCCUAAGGCUUCCAGGCUGAGAGCUGUUUAAAACAGGGCCACGUCUUAAGGAUGGAGAUGACCACUGGUGCUGGAAGAUAAAGCGGGAAAGGAUGUAUGAUAAGAGGAACGGAUGCCGACGCGCAGUCAGUUUCUGCUACGCUUUUUGAUACCAGUUUGUGCUCCAUCGCACCGUGUUUGCAAACCAACAAAAUAUCCGGAGGUCAAAGGGACCGCCCGUUCAUGAUUUGCGUAUGAAACGUUUGUGGUGAAGAACUUACUGGCGAGAUAUAAAAGGCAUAAAAAUCCAUGAAAUGGUGUUGAAAGUAUCUCGCCUCUGUCAUAUAUAUUCUCUAAAGUACUGCAGAGCUGCUGUUCUACCUUAACAAAAUGGUUAAUGUAUGAACCAUUUUAGCUCUGCUUUCAGUGGAAGAAUGGCAAAAAAAAGCAAAUGUAGUAAACUGAGGAGUCAGAGAUCAUUUGUCAGUGACUGAGGGUGAAGAAUAAUUUAUAACAUAAUAAUUAUGUUAUAAAUUGUGUGAUUGAAUACUGACUGGAUGGUAGGGAAGGAAAUAGAUUCAAGACAUUAAAUAUAUUCCACUGUACGUGUAAAAUGUGAUUUAAUAAUUGUGCCACAUGCUUACAUAAAUUAUAAUACAACCGAAGGAGAAGCACACACACACACACACACAAAAAUUCUUAUUUGUUUUGAAGCACAUUCACACAAUAUGCAGCGUACAGCAUCUCGGACACAGACACACAAUCACAGCUUGUCACAAGAAUUGGCUGGUAGAUUUCCAAAUGACAGAAAUAAGUUACUUUUCUUAUACUCAACUCAAAAUCAAAGAUGCUAUGCGUCAGUAUUAAACACAGCGUAAUCAGCUCAAAGUUGCGUGGAAAUUAAGAAAUAAAUGCUUAAACAUCAAAGCAGAAAAAUUCUCAGUUGUAACAGUCAUUUCCUCAGUAAAAUACAUAUUAUCCUAAGGAUAAAAAGAACAGAGAGCCUGCAUGAAUUCAGAAAAUGGAAAGAUAUAUACAAGGGUUGUUUCAGACAGUCGCAAUAUAUUGUCAUAAAAUCCCAGCACAAUUUUCUUUAAUUAAAUGAGUGUUCCUCUCAAUGUGUAAGUAUUAUUAUUUUUAUUCUGACAUCACAACAACCCUGAUAACAAAUUGUGGUUGUACCAGCCGCUUUAAAAUGCUGUCUUAGGCUGAUAAUUGAUUGUGAAACAAGUGUGUGUGUGUUCCCCUACUACUCCCGUCCACCCUAUACUGUAUAUGUACUUAUGUCAGACUGAAAGAAUGAGCAGAACAUGCUGCUCGCUGUUAGACAUUCAUUCAUGAAUGUUGCUUUGUCUCAUAGUGGGACAGUAAAGUGUGGGUAAAAGCACAGUCUGGUGCUCCCUGACAGUGCUUAUCUGUUGAUUGGAUAGAUUACUGUUAUGUGUAACAGAGGAUGAAAGUCAGUGGAUGCCCAAAUAUGAGUCUGCCAAAGGAGAAAUUCCCCUUAAAAAAAAAAAAAAAAA